ACCACAUUGUACACCUCCCUCCUCCACACCCACCCACGUGUGACGGCGACACUUGCGGUGAGCAACAGGUCGGACAGGAGCUCGGCGAUUUGAGUCUCUCGUCAGUGGCGACAGGGCACACGAGCGCAUCCAUCAUCGAGGACAAGCCAUCGGGGACAGACCGACAAGCCAUCGAGGACAAGUCAGCGAGAGCAAGCACGGCAGAGGUCAUCAUGUCGGCAGAAGCAAGAUCAGGAGAGAGUGCGUCAAGCGGCUCGGUACCCGAAUACGGGAUCUUGGACCCGCCGCCGUCGCCGCCAAGCGCGGAUGUGCUGCGGAUUGUCCCGGGCCGCGGCUUGGUCUUCUCAGUCUCGUUUGUGUCGUCGGCAGGGAAGAAGCGCCUGCGUCCGGCGCAGGUCGUCUUGAGUCUCGAGGCCGUCACCAUCAUCCCCACCGAUAAGAAGCGCGGGUCAAGCUCACCUGCACCGGGCGUCGGCGAGUCACGACACCUCUGGCGCGACAUCGCGCGGUACGGCCGCCGUGACGAAAAGUCGGCCAUCCAGCUCGUUGAGGCGCGCCCGAACGGCUCCCGCGACAGCACCAUCCUCUCUUUUGUCCUCCCUUCGUCCGCCGCUGUCGAGUGGAUGUACGAGGCGGUGGCGUUCUUUGUCACCCAGGCCUACGUCUCGCAUCUCAACGAAGCUGUUGGGUCGGGCGGGAGCGAGUCCGGCGCCGCCAACGUCGGUUGGGCCGGCGAUGACACCGGCGCCGUAGCCGGCCUGGUCGACGGCGCCGCCCCGGACCUCCGCCAGCUGGUCUCAGGCUCGCGGUUCUCGGUCCGGACCAAGAUCAUCAACCGGUUCGACGAGUUCCAGCUCAAGCUUCACCACUGGUCGAUGGUCCAGCUCCUGGUCUCGCUCCACGAGGCGCUUGCGCUGGAAAUCACCUCGCUGCGCUUCUGCAAGCUGGCCGGCCCGGCGCUCGACGCCGUCGCCACUCGGCUCACCGACACGCUUGACGCCCACCGCGAGGCCAUUGUCGGCCACCCGAUGUUCACCUGGCAGCAGCCGCGGUCUGAAGUCCGCGAGGGUCUCGAGAUGUUUGCCGCCGUCGUCCUCUACGGCUGCGUCUUCCGUGACCAUGCCGCGCUUGCCCGCGACAAGGCACUGACCAAGCGCAUCUCCGCCCUGCAAAUCCUCCCACCGACCGCCUUUGGCGUCGACGCCGAGCUCGCGCCCGCGCUUGCCGACACAUCUGCGCUGCAAGCCAACGAUCACUUUGUUCGUGCCCGCGACAAGCUGCAUCUCGUCAAUGCGGAGCGCUGCCCGCGCCUCAAGGUCGUCGCCAUUCUCGACGCCUGCGCCGCUGUCUACGAGCUCAUUGCCCAGCUCUCCGGCGCGAGCUCCAUCGGCGCAGACACCCUCCUCCCGGUCCUCAUCUACGUCAUCCUCAUCUCACGCCCGCCGCUCCUCUGGACUAACCUCGAGUACAUCCAGCGCUUCCGCGCUGCCGAGGCUAUGCGCGGCGAAGAGGGCUACUACACCACCCAGGUCUGGUCUGCUGUUACCUUCCUCUCCUCGCUCGACGCUGCCGACGUCGUCGAGCUUCACACCCAGUUCCUCGGCCUCUGGCGCGCGCACCGUUCCCAGGCCUAG